UCAACCCAAUCGAACAUGUUAAAGUUUUUGGUAAUAAUUGGAUUGCUGCUCCUCGCAAAUAACUCAGCUGAUGCUCAAAGUCAACCAGCGCUAUGUUCAGAUUCGUUCAACAUGGCCUUUAAUGCUACUCAGUUAAGUGGAGUGUGGUGGGAAGUUGCUAGAAAUCCCGCACUAGCUGGUCUUGCCUGCGUAAAGGUCAACUUUACAGAGAUACAACCGGAAAAUGUAUUGGAAAUAGCUAUUACAUACGCAGUUUCAAAUACUUAUUUAUGGUCCAAUCGAACCAUGUAUGCCAAUGUAUCGUUGGCCAACUCAAACGUUUAUAAUAUGAAUGGCUACAAUAUUUCGUACAAUGAUGGAACUUACACAACUAAAUAUGCCGUAUAUAAACUCUUGAAUACCGAUUACGAAAACUAUGCUUUGAUUUGCGGCUAUACAAAUGUCACCAAUACGGCGACAUCUUUCGGCAUAUAUCUGACACGUGAACGUAAUCCAAACAUGACACAGCUCAUUGAACUAGAAGACGCAGCCUCUACUCUAUAUUCUGAUUUCUCAUUUGGUAACAUGCCAUUGGUUAAUCAAUCAUCAUCAUGUUAUACUUCUGAUGCUGCAACUCCAUACUCAAUAAAAAUUGCAACACUAUUUGCCUUUUUGUGUAUCAGUGUGAUUUUUGCCAUCUAAAGGCAUAUUAUGAAUGUCAAGAAACAAAUAAUUUCAAUAAAUAAACACAUAGAAUAAUGUAAAUAUGUAUGUAUGUAUGUAUGUACUGAGAGUGAUGUCUGAUGAUAAGAAUGUGACAGGUUUAAUUUUAUAUAUACGUGUACGGUAAAAGCAUGUAUCUAUGUAUGUAGAAUUUCAAAUUAU